AUGCCUAUUGUGCGACUUCUCUUGAUUGUUGCGUGGUAUGCACUAUGCGAUCUCUUUAGUGGCGUAUGGGCUUCUGUAGGCUUUGCCAACAUCUCCUAUACCUUUUGUCGGCGUAGGACGGUCCUUGGAUUUAUCACAGCCUCCACCUUUAGUUUAUCUACACGGGACGGUAUAGAGACGGUAAGUGGCGGUCUAGAGGGGAUUUAUAACGCCUGGAAUCUUACAUCCGGCCGAAGCCGGCGCAAUCAUAGUACUUUGGCAACCACGCAUCCUGAUGGGAAUCUAUCCGACAAAAAACCACGCCCUGGACGCAAGGGCAUACUUUCUAAGAGGCUUUCCAGGAAUGGAAGUGUUGACGUGAAACACAAUGCAGGUUCAAUGGUGCCUAGGAGAAGCCAGGGCCGAGUGUCAUCUGUUAAAUUAUUACGGCAGCGAAAACAGCAUUCAAAAGUAGAUAUAAGCGGUGGUAAUUCCAAGGUAGCUACUGUUACAAAUGAACAAAGAGAACCGGAAAUGCCACUCACAGCUGCUCGCCUUGAGGCUCCUGUUGACACAGAUGCCAUGUCUCCUAGGCCCAAAUCUCUUGCUGCUCAACAAACAGUGUUCAACGAGGAGUCAGUUACCGAUGGAGGGUUUUCACUGCCGCUACAAUCCGAAAAUGAGACGCUCUACGGUCGCUCUCUCAACAUCGACUCGGGACCGCCUUACUCAUCCCAAGAUUCAGUUUUCGCUACGGACUCUAUGGGCGAACUGGUUGGCAAGAUUUCCAACCGGCGUUUGCACAUGAUUCAGAGCAUGUUUUCUGAGCAGCAAACAGGGAAGGUAUCUGAUAUAGUAUCGACGUUACAUCAACUCCUUGGAUCAGUCAACACCAACCUGACCCACUUAUACGAGAUUGGUGACGAUACUGAGGAGAGAGACCAAGCCAAAUGUGUGGAAGAAAUGUCUUCUUCAGCUACACAUGUUGAUAACUCAUCAGAUCCUGAACCUUCUGUUGUUGAUUUUGACUGUCCCAUUGUCUCAGACCAAGAUUCAGGCGACUCUGCUGGUGGUUUGGAACAUCAGAACCCAGACAGUUAUGAUAGCCUUAAGUGGCCUUUCGAAAUGAGUUCCCCAAAUGAGGGUGGAACAUAUGCAGAUGCUCAUGCUCGUACACUUGUUGAACAAGGUGAAGGGAGUGAGAAUGAUACAGAGAGCCCCAAAGUUCGUCUGACCAAACGCGAAUUGGCGAGAAUAAGACACACACAGAUGUUGGCAAAGCAUGAAAGGCUGAAAUUACUGCGCUCAACUAACAACAAGAAAACAACAUUUGCAGUUUUCUUUCCGGCUACACGCAACCCAGAUGUUAAAGCACAAACCGAGUACGAAGCUUCACCUCCGGAAUGUCAGACGGAGUGUCUAAGUAGGGAACUUCCAUCUGACGCGUCCCAAAGUGACUUAACGGAGAAACCCAUUAUAGAUACGGUAGAUAACAUGAUUUCAACGAGUGGACGUGGACUCAAUUCUGUGCCUUCGGAUGACUCUGCUGAACGCUUAUCUAGACUUCAAACGGAUGACUUUGAAGAAAAGGGUGGUAUAACCAAUAUUUUUAGUAUGCUAAACCCAGAUAUACUACGUGCUGCAGGUGUAUCAAAUUAUUCGUCGCUAUUGCUUCCAGACGAUACUACUGAAGCGCCUCCAUCCGAAUACGACAGCCGUUUCGAAUCUUUUGUCGUAUCGAUCACUAAACAACCACAAAACAGUGGUAAGGGGAGAACAACCAAAGAGAAAGUAGCUGCCGCAAAUAAAAGUGGGCACGGCACGAGCUCAGUGGCAUCUUUCGAUAAUUUAAUCGGCAUCAGGAAAAGUGAUGGCACUCAUGAUAGCAAGGUCAGCUUGGAGGAAACUGAGGUGAGCGAUUUGGAUCAACCGUCUCUCGAGAUCCCUGUAACUAUGUUCACGCUGCGUCGUGGGUUCCUGAAGACUGUUUAUGACAAAUACCUAAAGCCACCCUUGGUCUCUACUCUGGAAAGGGUUUUUCAGACCAAGCUUACAUCGCCGUGUGGAAUUAUGGACUUUGAUAGUCUCGAUCUGGAAUCCCUUUCGAAGCCACGGUUAAAGGAACUCCGAAUUGACCGUUCUGCGCUACGCAAUCACUUAUGUAAUGUUGUGGUGCGUUCACGAUUGGAACAAGGCGACUCUGUUAUUGAGUAUCACGGCACAUCAUCAGCGCUUCCCAAGCCAAUACGCCAGCAUGUUUGUCAACUAUUCAAGUGGGUUAAGGAUGAUGUGUUUUUAAGUAGCUGGAUAAAGGUGCUAGAAGAAUUACUAGGUCGUACUCCCAGCAUGUCUGAACUGGCGUUUACUCUGGGUCAUGACGACCCUAGGCAAUUGGAGGAGACUAUUCGUGUUUCUCGGUGGCACGCGAGGCGAUACUUCGAGGCAUUUGCACUUCCCAUUGGCAAGCUAAUUCUGUUGAAGAUUGAAUCAGAGAACCAAAUAAAACGUAAAUUCAGGUCUGGCAAUUUGGAGCUAAUUGACCCUCACAUGUACAAUGUAGAGCCAAUUUCCUCGGAAGUAUUGUGGCACCGUAUCUCAUCAAUCCAUCUAAACACAAUGUCAUCUCAAGGGGACAAGGUUAUCAGUCAGCUAUAUGGUGUGUCUUGUGCUGCUGCGAAGCACGAAUAUCUCAAAGCAAAACUGCCAGAUCACUUACCCUUCGGUAAAUACCGUUUGGCGUGCCGUGCUAGGAUUCUGCAUCGUGAACUCUUGUUGCUAAGGGCCCGUAUCGCCUCAGAAGUACGUAUGUCUUUUCAGCGUGGUAUACCUUUGCCAGAUGACCUUUACCGUGACAAUCCUUUCGCGCAGAGGAUCAUGGCGAUUGAACGUGCUUAUAUUGAUGUUCCUGAGGGAUCGUCCGAUUAUGCGAAGAGAUUGACUGAAACUAAGCGUGUGAUAAAUGAGGAGAUGUCGGCUCGUUUGGAGGUACCUUUUGAGGGCAUCUUGGAUGCGCUGGACUCCGCAAGGAUUCGUGAAUCUUCUGGUCCCAAACUAGUACUAAAUACCGACAAACCUAGUCGAUUUAGACGUAGACGAGGUUUCGUAGGUGGUCAUCUGCUCGAUUACGACAAAUAUGAGGAUUACCUAACGCCGGAAUGCCAGCCAUUAAAACCUUGGUCGCUGGAGUAUAAACGCGACAGUGUUCUUCGCAGAUCACUACGAAUGGUUGCUGUAGAGGCAUUAGAUGAUCGUAUUGCGCGUUUCGUGUUUAUGGCGUAUCUUCGUUUGUUUAUAAAUGGCAGUUGGACUGGGCCAGAGUUAGCAGAGGCUUUGGGCCUUUCUGGACCAAAGGUAAUGGACUUAAUUUUUUACGCCGCUCGUGCUCACUGCCAAGCAUAUGAGGCGUGGAGGAUCAAGCUGAAACUUCCUCCUUAUGUCAAUGAGGCAAUUAAGUGCCCAGACCUGGUACCGCAUAUCGAGCUGCCCGAUGGUCGACUUCCGCACCAUCUAGCUACGUUAGGCCACUCUAUACGCCGCGAUGGUAGGAAAUCAAGGCCAGUGCGCCCAGCUAUGAAAGAUCGGUACAAACGUAUGAGGACGAUCAAACCUCGUAUAGGCACAAUGAAGGAUUCCCUGGUCAACUACCGCAACAAUUUUGCGUCCAUACAACGUGUACUAGAAUCUAGCCCACUGUACUACUUAAGCGAGAUAUAG